UGAACAGGUCAUGCUUAAUGAAAAAGAAAAUUGAGUGAUUGAUACCUUGUUGCUCAAGUUGGGAUUUUUCUCUAUAAUUCCCGCUGCAAGCAGAGCGCGAGAGAAAUAGUAAGAGCUGAAGCGAGAGAACCAUGGCUAGAUACGAUAGGGCAAUCACUGUCUUCUCCCCUGACGGUCAUUUGUUUCAAGUCGAAUACGCUCUCGAAGCUGUGCGGAAAGGUAACGCCGCCGUUGGUGUUCGUGGCACCGAUACUAUCGUCCUCGGUGUUGAGAAGAAGGCUGCGCCUAAGCUCCAAGACUCCAGAUCUGUGAGGAAGAUUGUGAAUCUUGAUAACCAUAUUGCACUAGCUUGUGCUGGGCUCAAGGCAGAUGCACGUGUCUUGAUAAAUAGGGCUCGGAUCGAGUGUCAAAGCCAUCGGCUUACAGUUGAGGAUCCAGUAACUGUUGAGUAUAUUACUCGUUACAUUGCAGGUCUCCAACAGAAGUAUACCCAAAGUGGUGGAGUGAGACCAUUUGGCCUCUCAACCUUGAUUAUAGGUUUUGAUCCAUAUACUGGCACACCCUCACUGUACCAGACAGAUCCUUCUGGGACGUUUUCGGCUUGGAAAGCAAAUGCAACUGGUAGAAACUCCAAUUCGAUAAGGGAAUUUUUAGAGAAAAAUUAUAAGGAAACUUCUGGUCAGGAAACUGUGAAGCUUGCAAUCCGUGCAUUGCUUGAGGUUGUUGAGAGUGGUGGAAAGAACAUAGAGGUCGCCGUGAUGACAAAGGAGCAUGGACUGCGACAAUUGGAAGAAGCUGAAAUUGAUGCUCUCGUUGCAGAAAUUGAAGCAGAAAAGGCAGCUGCUGAGGCUGCAAAAAAAGCUCCUCCCAAGGAAACAUGAUCCCUUUUCUUACAUGUUUUCCAGGCAUUAGUUCUUAAUCCUUUACUUUUCUGGUGGAGUUAGUGAAUAAUCUUAUGAUUCUGAACCUUCAAACUUGUACCACCAUUUUGUGCAUCGUUGACACAAGGUGGCCGUAGUUGUAGCCCCUGAAAAAUGCCUGUUUAUCCUCUCAACAGAGUUCAAUGGGAUAGUAAAACCAUCUGAUUUUGUGUGAUUUUGUGGAUUUUGUGUAUUA